AUGUCGCUCCCAAUGCACCUCCGUGCAUACACGGAGAAGACAAAGGACGAGGCUGCGCGCGACUUCUUCAACGUCCCGACACCAGACCAGCUCCCCGCGCCCUCUGCACCGCCCGUCGUCGUCAAGCCCGCAAGAGGCAAGUCGGGGACGGGGAGUGCGAGUGGACUCCAGGGAAUGGACAUCAAUGCCGUGCUCAGCGUCGAGGGGAAGGAGGAUGUGUAUGCCGGCAAGUUGUCCCUCCUCCCGCCAUUCCUGUGCUUCGUCAGCAACGAUAGACGUUCCUGCCGCGCCACACUUCCGCUGUACACUAUCCGGCGCGUCGAGCGACUAAACUCUCGUGCAGGCGUCUUUGCACUCUCACUCGCGACGUGGCAUGGCAUGCGGAUUAUCCUCCAGCUCACGUCGCUGUUACCCACCGCGGAGCACUUCGCCAUCCUCCUCCGCGAUGCGCUCAAGUCGCAGCUCGCGGAGAUGAAGGCACUCAAGCUCUUCCUCCCAUCCCUCUACUCCGAGUACCUCCUCCACGCUGUCCCAUCCGGCGAACCGGGAGCGCUCAUCGAGACGAGUCAUGAAGAGGGCGACCUGCGCGGCCCGGGCGGCGAGGGCCGUGGGACAUAUGAGCGCGGGCUUGGCGAGACGUUCGGCUUCCCCGGUGAUGCGCGCAAGAUGCGCGAGCGCAGCAAGAUGAAGCUCUGGAAGGAGUACUUUGCCGUCCACGGGCGAAACAUGACCCUCCUCCGCUACCCUCCAUUCCAGCGCCUGCUCCAGGUUGGCUUGCCAUCACGGUUGCGCGGAGAGCUGUGGGAGGUGAUGAGCGGGUCCAUCUACCUCCGCUUUGCCAACCCCAAGACGUACCAGCUGCUCCUCGAGGAGAACAAGGGCAAGAGCUCGCAGAGCACGGACGAGAUCGAGAAGGACCUCAACCGGUCACUGCCAGAGUACAAGGCAUACCAGACCGACGAGGGUCUUGCCAAGCUCCGGAGAGUGCUGGUCGCGUACUCGUUCCGCAACCCCGAGCUGGGGUACUGCCAGGCACUGAACAUCGUCGUUGCCGGCCUGCUCAUCUACAUGUCCGAGGAGCAGGCGUUCUGGCUCCUCGAGUUGCUCUGUGACCGGAUACUGCCCGGAUACUACUCGCCCUCGAUGGAGGGUACGCUGCUCGACCAGCGUGUGUUCGAGUCGCUUGUCAAGCGCUGCCUGCCGCUCAUCCACGACCACUUUCGCGAAGUCGACGUCCAGAUCUCGGUUGCGUCACUCCCGUGGUUUCUCUCGUUGUACAUCAACUCGCUCCCGCUCAUCUUUGCGUUCCGCGUCGUCGACUGCGUGCUCGCCAUGGGCGUCAAGGUGCUGUUCCAAAUCGGUCUGGCCAUUCUCAAGAUCAACGGCGAGGCGCUGCUCGAGGUCACUGACGACGGCAUGUUCAUCAACCUCAUGCGCAGCUACUUCUCGACCAUUGGCGAGUCGGCGCACCCGACCCAUCCUGACCCACGCGUGCGUAACAUCACCAACUUCCAGGAGCUCCUCGUUGUCGCAUUCCGCGAGUUCAACGUCAUCACGGACGACACGAUCACGAGCGAGCGCCGUCGUCUGCGCGCGAUUAUUGCGGACGAAAUCGAGAAGUUCUCGAAGCGCGCUGCAGUGCGCAACCUUCGUAAUGUUGGCCGCUUCAACAAAGAGCAGGUCGGCAUUAUCUACGACCACUUCUUCUCGGCGGUGUGUUCGCCUGAGGGUGGUGGAACCAAUUUAGUCGAACCGCAGCCUGGGGAGCUUGAGCAGCCACGUAUCACGGUCGACGCGCAGGGCCGUGUCGAGACCCGCAUCGACCUUAGAACAUUCAAGGUCCUACUCUCAGGCAUUGCGACCUGGGCGCGUGAGGAGACUGUCACGACCAACGCGUUCAUGCAGCGCACCGAGCGGCGCGUCGCCGAUCAUGAGAUCAUCGAUAGACUCUUCUACUCGUGGGACAAGCAAAACGUCGGCACGCUCUCGCUGCAGGAUGUUGUCGAGGGCCUUGACGACGUCAUGUCUGGCGGCCUCAUGGAGUCAAUCGAGUGGUUCUUCAAGCUCCAUGACAAGGAUGGUGAUGGCUACCUGACCAAGGACGAGGUGAUCCGCCUCUCUGAGUCGCUCCUGUUCAUCUUCCGCAACGAGCCUGGGGACAUAUAUCUGGCCGCCGUGUCGCGCUUCAUCCUGAACGCGUACGAGUUCGGUGACGCCACGGCGCCAGAGUCGAGUCUCCCGCCGCCGCAGGACGAACUCAACGGCGAGCACCAGACGGCGACGCAGUCGCGUGAGCGCUCUGACUCUGCCGCAGGUCCACACAACCUGCCGUACCUCAGCCUCCCGACGUUCCGCAUGGUUGUUCUGGCCGACGAAUUACUCGAGCAGUUCUUCGAGCACUCGCUUACCGACUCGUUCCAGCUCGAGGAUACCGAGGAAGAGGACUACCACAAGACGCACGCCAAGUCGGACGGUCUACUCGGUGGUCUCGUCAACCUCGUUUACACGGAUGAAAACAAGUCGCGCUUCAACCGCCUUGCCGACGGUAUCGGCUCGGCGCUGGGCAAGCACGCCGAGUGGCGCAAGCCGGCUUUGUCCAAGGCGGACCCGAUGGCACCCGCGCCGGUAGAGACGCGUGCGCGCGAGUCGCUCCUGACUCCAUCACAGCGUGCGCGUGCACGCAGCGCGUCUCAGGCGUCGCAGGUCAGCAUCAAGACGUCGGGCAGCUCGUCGACGGUCAAUACGCUGGACAAGCCAUCGUCGCUGGCCGAUGUCGAGAUGCGAUACCGCGAGGAGAGCGAGAUGGUUCGCGCAGCACAGGAGGCGGUCAUGCACCGUCCGAACUUUGCGAUCGACGCGAUUGGCGACAGCGACGGCGAGGACGAGGAGGAGGGCGCAGACGAUGGCGUCAUGGACGAGGUUGAGGCAUUCCUCAAGGCCCACGGUGGAGAGGACGACACAGCCGUCAAGGGUGCUGCUAAGAAGGAAGCUGAGGAUCUUCUCAAAGCAGAACCGAUGCGGCCUGGUCAAAAGCCACGACAGACGAGUGGUGAUCUUGUACAGCUGUGA